GUCAAGUUGAUGCUGUACCUGAACAGCUCUUAUCGCGAGUGUGGGCGGUGGAAACUCUCCGCUCCGCACUGGAGCCACUAAAACUCCAUUCCGCACAGAAAGGCCAACAUAGGCUGACAGUUACCCCAACCCACCCUCGACUCGCCAAAUUCAGUCCAUUUGUCCCCCUAACCCUUCGCUUUCGUAUACUCUUUAUCGAUUGAGAUCGCCAUGUCACGACACGCACAGGUAGAGGAGGUAUACGACUCUGAUCCAGAUGAGGUUGCCCCUGCCGACUCCACGCCCUCCAACUUCGCCAAUGAAUCCCUCCUCUCCGCUGCAGGUAUCUCCCCUCAGGGUGCCUCAUCGAUACCAAUGAGACAAGCCCCUGAACCUCGUCGCGAAAUCCCGAAACACUACCAGUGCCUGUAUCCCGUGUACUUCGACAAAUCGCGAACCCGCUCAGAGGGCCGAAAGGUCGGCGCAGAGCUGGCUGUGGAGAACCCAUUGGCUCGAGAUAUUGUUGAUGCUGCGCAGAUGCUGGGAUUACAGGUUGGAUUCGAGCCUGAAAAAUUGCACCCGAAGGAUUGGGCGAACCCAGGCCGAGUGCGGGUGCUGCUGAAGGACGAGGAUGGGAAACUGGCAAACCCAAAGAUUAAGAAUAAGCAUCACCUUUAUAUCCUUGUGGCCCAGUAUCUUAAAGCUCACCCAACAACCGAGAAAUCGCCUUACCGUCUGAGAAUCAGCGGACUUCCAAUGCCAGAAAAGCUUCCCCCUGCUCCUUCUGCUCCCCGCGGAUGGAAGAUCGGCACAAUUCUUCCAAUCCACUCGCCUGCCUACAGCGGCGGCGGAGUCAGCGAUAACCCGCUCAAGGAUGCUAUGGCCGAGAUGCAGAACAUGCAGGGUAUGCCGGGAAUGCCUCAGAUCCCUGGAAUGCCCGGGCUGGCCGGGAUGAUGGGAGGAGAACCCUCCGGAGGUAGUGGCGAGAAGGAGAAGAAAAAGAAGGACAAGAAGAAGGGAAAGGCCUAAGGUUGCCUGCCGUAUGGAGUUAUUACGAUUGUCUACCUGUCCAUAUUGUGUACACGUUUUUUGGCUGCAUUGUACGGGCGUAAGGCGUUUGUUUACACCUAUAGAGGGCUUCAAUGCUCUUCUCUGAUACCAAGUUGAAAUCAAAAGUGGUAUUGUGAAGCGCUUUCAGCCGACCACCGUCUGUUUGAUAUGCCCAGAUAUGUGACUCAUGUCAUGCAGGCAAUAACCGACGCUAUUUAGGUUCUACCGUAUGAUGCCGCUGUAAACAAA